AUGGUGCGUCCUUGGUUUCCUCCUGUUUAUCGUGAAAGUAAUUUGCCCGAUGUCGAUACCAUCGUAGAUGUCGCUGUUGUGGCGAAUGAGAUGUGGAAGGUAGGAGAUUUGGUGGAUUGGUGGUAUGCUGAUUGCUAUUGGACUGGAAGAUUGACAAAAGUAUUAGAAAAUGAGAAGUUUCAGGUAAUUUGUUAUUUGUUUCACUGA